AUGAUCUGGAGUGUGAGAAAUAUGGCCCAUGUGGACUUUAAGGCUUUAAGAGGCACUCAAACGGUCUACAAGCCGGGAAAGAACGACUCCGAGUUCUUCAAAAGUUCGAGACAGGCUCAAGUUGAUAGGAACUGGGAUAAUCUAAAUGUCAAGAUUGACAAAAGAGAAGUGAUCUAUACCACGAACCAAUAUACCGUGGCUGCGAUCGUCACCAAGCAUUUCAUCACUCAAGCGAUGAGAGAAAAGUUAAGCAAUGAAACUGAUUGGUUGGACCUCAAGGAAGACCAUGUGAUGCUGUUGAAGCGUAUCAAGGCGUUCAUGACCAUCACAGGACUCAUGGAAUCUCUCAAGAGAUUCACCAACUGGACUCAGAAGCAAAAUGAGUCUGUGAACGAUUACAGAAGGCGGUUCGAAGCUCAAGCUGACCAAGUAUUCGAAAUCCUUGGCACCGAUGUGUUGCAUGUCUAUGCGACCAAAACAAUGGGAUACCUGGAUCUGUAUGAUCCGGAGGCCGAUCCGGACGAUAUCAAGGCGCUCCAAGACAAGUUCAAGAAAGAAGUUCUGGGCACAUUUAAAGCAAGUGCAUUUUUCUACAACUGCGACAGGUCUCGCUUCCAAAGCAUGUUGUACAAGGCAAACCAGACCUACACCAUGGAAUUCAAGGAAUACAAACAAGGAAACGAAUAUCCGACUACGAUUGACCAGGUCGCUAAAGCGCUGAUCAAACAUAAGCCGGACAAUAGAAAGAAAGGUCCGACGACACCGAGACCUACUCCAAGCGCAACCACUGCGAGCAGCAGUGCCCCUGACGGAGUGAGCAACGCACAGGCGACUACUCGAACGACAUCUUCACGACCGGCUUUUAGUUGCUGGUGUUGCAGAGAUACUGGCCAUGGGGUCACCCGCUGUCCCGAACGCUCCACACGCCCACAAGUGGAAUGGAGCGACCCAGGACGAUACAGCGACGCACCCACUACUACUACUACUACUACUACUACUACUACUACUACUACUACUACUACUACUACUACUACUACUACUACUACUACUACUACUACUACUACUACUACUACUACUACUACUACUACUACUACUACUACAAGACGAGCGGGGAGAGCCAAUCUCCAAGUCCCUGCGACUGCAUCUGCGGCGCAGUCGGAUGCCGCGUCUAGCGUCACUGGAACGCAAUCAACUGGUCAACAACAUCGAAUUAAUAUGCAACGAGCUGUUGUUGACAGGAGUGGAAGGGUUAGGAACCGGGCACUGUGUCUGACCUGGAUUACAUGUUCAACUACGGUACGAACACUGGCCAACGUGAUCUGCAUCAGCAGGUCGAAUCAAGUAUUAUCAAAGGACACACUUGCUUGCUUGAUACAGAAGCGCAAUGUAACCUCGAUAGUUUAUCCGAGCUUGUGA